AUGGACGCUCAUGAUGCCGUCGUAAAGGGUGUUGCUGAACGGGUCAAGUACUUUCACAAGAGGCAGGAGCCUUUUCGAUUAUACCAUGGAUCGACAAACAGCACGCGCCAGUCGAAUCGCCGCGCCGACAAUACUGUUGACACGAGCAGUCUCAACCAUGUCCUCGAGGUGAGGACGGACUCCAAGACGGUCCUCGUCGAGCCCAACGUCCCAAUGGAUGCUCUCGUCGACGCGACUCUGAAGCAUGGGCUGGUGCCGCUUGUGGUUAUGGAGUUUCCGGGAAUCACCGUCGGAGGGGGAUUUUCUGGUACCUCUGGAGAGAGCAGCUCGUUUCGCUACGGCGCGUUUGACGCCACCGUCAAUUCGAUCGAAAUUGUCCUCGCCGACGGGACAAUCACUCACGCGUCAAAAACAGAGAGACCGGAUCUCUUCUGGGGCGCCGCAUCGGCCUUUGGAACCCUUGGCGUUGUGACGCUGCUCGAGGUGCAGCUCAAGGAGGCCAAGAAGUACGUCGAGCUCAAGUACCGACUUGCGAGGGGCCCUGCGGAGACGGUCAAGAUCAUCAGGGAGGAGUGCAAAAAGCUCGAGAAUGACUAUGUCGAUGGCAUUGUCUACUCAAAGGACACGACUGUGGUGUGUGUUGGGCGGCUUGUUGAUGACCUCCCCGUGAGCGCAAAGCCAAUGCGUUUUUUCCGCCGGAAAGAUCCGUGGUUCUAUCUUCAUGUCGAGACGGUCCGAGAUGGCCUUCGACUUGGAAUGGUUACGGUUGUUGCAGAUUAUAUCCCGAUAAAGGAUUAUCUCUUCCGUUACGAUCGUGGAGGCUUCUGGGUGGCCAAAUAUGCGUUCAAGUACUUUCUCACCCCUUUCAAUCGUCUCACGCGCUAUGUCCUGGAUUCACUACUACGAGCUCGAGUCAUGUACUCGGCUGGCCACAAGAGCAACCUCUUUGACUAUUACAUGGUUCAAGACGUUGGCGUACCAUAUCGAAGCGUCCAAGAGUUCCAAACCUGGCUCGACAAAGAAUUCAGCAUCUAUCCUCUCUGGCUCUGUCCCCUACACGUUAAGCGCGACGACCCGGACUCGGGCCACGGCCUACACUCGGAUUUCUCCAAACCCGGAGCACCGGACUUGCUCAACUAUGGAAUCUGGGGCCCACUGCAAGGGAAUCGGCGGGAUGCGAUCCGGCAUAACCGAGCGCUGGAGCAAAAGGUGCAGGAAUGCGGUGGCAAGAAGUGGCUAUACGCGCACGCCUACUACACCGAGGACGAAUUCUGGACGCACUACGACCGAGCUUCAUAUGAAGCGCUGAGGGCAAAGUACGGGGCUACUUACCUACCAACUGUGUACGACAAGGUCAAGGUGGACAUCGAGGGACCAGACAAGGUGAUGCAGUCUACAGUGAGAACGAAUUGGCCGUUUCAAGGGCUGAGAGGUGUGUACAAGGCCUUGACUGGAGGAGAUUAUCUGCUGCAGAAGAAGAGCGGAGACGCGGACGCUGGGAAGAAGCAAGAUUGA